AUGAAACUUCUGUCUUCAAACUCAUCAUCAUUAAAUUAUAUUAGUCAAUAUUAUGCAAAAAAAGAUAAACCAAUUAGCGAUGAUUCAUUAGAAAUUGACGAUAAACAAAAACGAUUACAUUCCAGUGUCAAUACAAAUCGUAUUCAUACACAAAUAAUAAAAAAUCUACAUAAAAGUUUAAUCGAUCGUAAUUAUCAAAGCGAUAAAAAUCGUUUGAUAUAUUUCGAACAAAAUGUUCGACGCUAUUUACGUUCCUACGAAAAUCAAACCUUACAAUGA